AAAGACAUAAGCGAAGAAGACAAAGAUCACGUGAUCAUUCUUACACCAGGAAGUGCGGUGUCAGUUAUCAAAACAAAUCAAGAUUAACCUGUUGUGGAGCUGAAAGUUAUUUUUCCGUGAUUUUCUUUACUUAUAUUUGCCGGAAGAUGGAUGAAACACUCUUCCAGUUGAGGUUUACUGCGAAGCAGCUUGAGAGACUGGCCAAAAAGGCAGAGAAGGAGUCUGAAAAGGAGCAGGCCAAGGUCAAGAAGGCUUUGCAACAGAAGAAUGUGGAAUGUGCCAGAGUUUAUGCAGAGAAUGCCAUCCGGAAAAAAAAUGAAGGCAUUAACUGGCUGCGCAUGGCGUCACGAGUGGAUGCGGUCGCCUCGAAAGUCCAGACUGCCGUCACCAUGAAGGGGGUGACCAAAAACAUGGGCCAGGUCACCAAGGCCCUGGACAAAGCUCUGAGCUCCAUGGACCUCCAAAAGGUUUCUGCAGUCAUGGAUAAGUUUGAAAGUCAAGUACAGAACCUCGAUGUCCACACCUCAGUGAUGGAGGACUCCAUGAGCUCUGCCAUGACGUUGACAACGCCUCAGGAGCAGGUGGAUGACCUGAUCCACCAGAUAGCAGAGGAGAGUGGCCUGGAGGUGAUGGACCAGCUCGGCAAGCUGCCGGCAGGAGCUACCUCAGUGGGUGCAGAGAGCUCACGGGGCCAAGAGAAGGAGGACCAUCUGUCUCGACGGUUGGCUGCUCUCCGGAACUAAGAGCUCCUCCAGGAGAGCUGAAUGGCCGUGCACCCGCGUGCAGUGAUGACGACGGGAGCUGUGUGUGUUUCUAUUGAACUGUUCCUGCCAGAAGGACUUAAUGAGGCUGUUGAUUACCACCCCCUGCUCUAUAAAUACACAUGAACACACACUCGAUAGAACCUCCAUCUGAGAAAGCAUGAAUCCCUCUCUCAUUCACCUUCCCACUUUGACCCGUCUCAAGUCCCGUUCCUGUCUGCCACUCUGAUUCCCCAGUGCAUCUUAUUUUACCGGGCAGCACGGUGGCUCAGUGGUUAGCGCUGUUGCCUCACAGCGAGCAGGUUUUGGGUUCGACCUGGGGCCUUUC